CGUCAGUGCCGGAAACGACCCGGAUCGGAACUUUAACUCCUGGGUUGAUUAGUUUCUGCCAGAAACAUCGAGGGCUUUCGAAAUAUGCUGUAAUAUCGAUUCAAGCAUGUGUGUCCAUAUGUCCACGACGGAUACCCCACCUUGGCUGUGAGUUUGUCCGCGCACCGGGAGGUCUCUCUAUUUACCGAUCACACAGACCUGAGGAUCAGGACCCGAUAGUCCCAGGUGGUUUCUGGUCUACAGCGGGCUUGUGACCAUUUACCGGCGGCAGGAUGACGUGCCGUGACCGGACACUCGAGUUCCAGUCAGCCUGUAAAUCUCUCCAGGGCAGACAGAAUGGGGUCCAACCCAGUAAACCAACGCUCAACGCCCUCAGGCAGCGCAGCGACUUUACAGUUAUGGCCAAGAGAAUUGGAAAAGACUUGAGCAAUACAUUCGCUAAACUGGAAAAGCUCACUAUUUUGGCAAAAAGAAAAUCUUUAUUUGACGACAAGGCGGUGGAGAUUGAAGAGCUAACAUACAUCAUUAAACAAGACAUCAACAGUCUAAACAAACAGAUAGCACAGCUGCAGGACUUGGUGAGGUCCCGUGGAGCUCCAGGUGGCCGACACAUCCAAACCCACUCAAACACUAUAGUGGUGUCACUACAGUCCAAACUGGCUUCAAUGUCCAAUGACUUCAAAUCAGUCCUAGAAGUUAGAACAGAGAACCUGAAGCAGCAGCGCAGCAGGAGAGAGCAGUUCUCCCAGCCCCCUGUCUCAUCUUCUCCUCUAAUGGCCAACAACUUCAGGAGCCGAAAAAAAGGGGCCCAGGAGCCGCAUGCAGCUCGCGAGCCGCGCAAUGGUUACCAGGGCAAUACAACCUCAAAUUUAAAAGAGAGCUCGGUCCUGAUGCAGGAUGAGUCCAGGAGUAUGGGGGAUGUAGCCAUCGAUAUGGACUCUCAGACCAAUCCUUUGCAACUCCAGCUUAUUGAUGAGCAGGACUCAUACAUCCAGAGCCGUGCAGACACCAUGCAGAACAUUGAGAGCACCAUCGUUGAAUUGGGCUCUAUAUUCCAGCAGCUGGCGCACAUGGUCAAGGAGCAAGAGGAGACCAUCCAGAGGAUCGAUGCUAACGUGGAGGACACUCAGCUUAACGUGGAGGCUGCCCACACAGAGAUCCUCAAAUACUUCCAGUCGGUCUCCUCCAACCGCUGGCUGAUGAUCAAGAUCUUUCUCGUCCUCAUCGUCUUCUUCAUCAUCUUCGUAGUCUUCUUCGCUUAAAGAAACGAGGAGGGCAGAAGCACAUGAAAUGAGGGGGAGUAAAGUAAGCUAGAGCUGGACUGAGACGACAUGUCCAGACGACAUAUUUGAAGGACGGAUUUCUCUGUCAAAGGGACACUUUGAUGGAGGCUUGGGAGCUGCUCAGAUUAAUAAAGACUUUACCAUUAAUACAGACUUUCCGGUUUUUCCCAAGCCACAGACUCUUGAUCUUAAUUCUACGAUCCAGUGAAGAAUGAAGACGUCGAACUCUGUCCAAAUGAAAGAAUAAAUUAUCUAAAAUCCCGACUUUGUAUAGAGAGCGAGCAAAAAACUGCUCAGUAUUGUUCUUUGACCAAUUAUACAUAAACAUUUAAUCAAAAUGGCUAUAAUUUAAUAGUUUGAUUCUGCAAACUGUUUUUUUUUUUUUUAAUUUUUUUAUUUUCUUGUUUACCCCACGUCAUACAUCAUUAUUAUUAUUAUCAUUAUUUCAAAGCCAAACUGCAGAACUAGAGUUUAUCCUCGGAUAAUUUUGCUUCUUAGUUUACUUUUCAUUGAAGAGCAUGACUGUGUCCCCUGUUUAUCAACAAUUCUUCACUCGAUAUAUUUUUUUAUUCUGCUAUAUUCUGUUAUGCUUUCAAAGUUGCCAAAUGGGUACUCAUACAGAACUGUGACACUAUAAGAAGACACUUGCUGCGGUCCAGCAUUUCGUGUCCUGCGAGAACAAGGAGUUACAGUUACAGACAGCUGAAGAGACUUUCGCUGGUGGAAUUCAGACUCGAGCUGUGACGAAAUGUUGAGAAGUGAUGCAACAACUCUGUUUAAAAUGAAACUGUUUGGUUGCCAGCUGUUAGGCAGGUUGAAUGGUUGAAAAAGUGUAUACUCGCACAUUCAGUGGUGCAGAGAGACUUCAAUAUGUGAAUCGAGAAUCUGAACAGGAUCCAGGUGUGAUAUCAGUGCUGAUGAAGGGGUCAGACUGGCUGUGAAGGCUCCACUGAUGCAGUGACUCAAUCAGCCAGAUUCCCCGGAAGUGUCUGGUUACAUGUCACUGUUGUAGUUUCUUCCCCUCUUAACCUAUCUAACCUAUCGGACGCUUUUUAAGAAGAAAGGAGACAGUCAUUCUUAUAUUUUUCUCCCUGUCUGUUCUUUUUUAGCCAAAUGCCUUGACUUCAGUGUAAAAAGUGCAAAUAGUGAUAAUGAUAUAAGAAAGUGCAUAUUAAUAAAAUGAUAAUGGGGUGCUGGCA